CCUUUCACAAACGAUUAGUAGGUCUACAAAACAGGGGUGAAAAACACAGUUUCUGUACUACCUGGAGGCAAAAUAUCAAACUCCGGUCUCAUAUCACGAUGAUUCAGCUCUCUGCCGUAGAUCCACACGAAGUUCUCCAAUAAAUUACUUGAAUUUGUCGGAUCGCCCGAGGUUUCAUCCAUAUAAUUCGUCUUUUUUCUCGGAUCAGAUCGAUGGAGAGAGAGUUGGUGGAAUUGUUCGAAUCGGCGAAGAAAGCGGCGGAUGCUGCCGCCACCGACGGAGUUUCGUCGAAUGGACCGGAGGUGGGCCGGUGCGUGGAUGCGUUGAAGCAGCUGAAGAGUUUUCCGGUGACGUAUGAGGCUCUUGCAUCGACGCAGGUAGGGAAACGGCUUCGACAUCUCACAAAACACCCUAAGGGGAAGAUCCAGAGUCUGGCUUCUGACUUGCUUGAGAUGUGGAAAAAGGUAGUCAUUGAUGAAACAAGAAAUAAGAAAAAUGGUGGCCUUGAUAAUAACGGUUCAGCAAAGGCCGAGGUUUCAAAGACAGAGACAGUCAAAGUUGAGAUGGCUCAUAAGGCAGGAGGGGUAAAGGUUGAGAAGGUUUCAAAGGCUGAAACUGUCAAGAUUGAGAAAUUUGAUAGAGGCAGUUCAACAAAGCCUGGUAGUGUUUCUAGGACAGAAACUAUCAAGGUUGAGAAAAGGGUUGAAAAUGUGGAUGAAAGGAAACAAUCUUCCAGUGUGAAGAAACCACCACAAGCAUCUAAUGGUCCUCCUAAGCUCACUGCAAUGAUCAAAUGCAAUGAUGCCUUGCGUGACAAAGUUCGGGAGCUUCUUGCAGAAGCUCUGUCCAAAGUUGCUAGCGAGGCUGAUGAGGACAUAAAGGAUGAGGUAAAUGCAUGUGAUCCAAUUCGAGUUGCUGUCUCAGUAGAAUCUGUAAUGUUUGAGAAGAUGGGUCGAUCCAAUGGGACCCAGAAGUUUAAGUACAGAUCCAUAAUGUUCAACAUCAAGGAUCCAAACAACCCAGAUUUAAGGAGAAAAGUUCUUCUCGGAGAGGUGAAGCCAGACAGGCUUAUCAAUAUGAGCCCAGAAGAAAUGGCCAGUAAUCAGAGGCAACGUGAAAAUAGCCAAAUCAAAGAGAAAGCUUUAUUUGAUUGUGAGCGUGGUGGCCCACCAAAGGCCACAACUGAUCAGUUCAAGUGUGGUCGCUGUGGUCAGCGCAAGACCACUUAUUAUCAACUGCAGACGCGGAGUGCAGAUGAACCAAUGACAACCUUUGUAACAUGUGUAAACUGCAACAACCAUUGGAAGUUCUGUUAGUGAGGUUGCCAUUUAUGCUGGAUAACUGAUCAGCUGUGAAGCUCCAUCCCUCUUUAUAAUCAUUCAUCAUUGGUGCCUGUGGUCUUUGAUAUCUUCCGAAGACAGUGGUCCUUCAGGUGCAUAUUUAUGUUUUUGUAGGAUAAUUUGUUAAAUGGAUAAUCAGGCAUGUGAUGAGGGGGUUUAGAUAUAGAAUCUAUGCCUAGUCCUAACAAAUUUAGAUUGAUUUUCAUUGAAUCAACACAUUUUUAAUCUUGUGUCAGCUUGUACAAGCGAUGCCAAACUUGUUCCAUGUGGAAUCCAUUAAAUCUGUUUUCUACUUGGUAGAUGUCUUUAAAUUAGGAGUGAAGCCUUUCUCUGAUUUCAAGUUGAAGUUAUGAUUAUGAACUCAAAGUUGGUCCAAAAUUCAUCAUGUUGCUGUUAUUGUUGGUUUAUUGUUUUAAAUGUUUGCAUAUUCAA